ACAGGAUCACGCUAACAGAGAGCCUGCUCUUCUCUGCAUAUUAGGACCAAGUGCUAUUCAAACAUGAGUUCCCAUCAGCAGAAGCAGCCCUGCACUGCCCCACCUCAGCUGCAACAGCAUCAGGUGAAACAGCCUUGCCAACCACCACCCCAGGAACCUUGUGUCCCCAAAACCAAGGAGCCCUGCAACCCUAAGGUUCCUGAGCCCUGCAACCCCAAGGUUCCAGAGCCCUGCCAGCCUAAGGUGCCUGAGCCCUGCCAGCCUAAGGUGCCUGAGCCCUGCCAGCCUAAGGUGCCUGAGCCCUGCCAGCCUAAGGUGCCUGAGCCCUGCCAGCCUAAGGUGCCUGAGCCUUGCCAGCCUAAGGUGCCUGAGCCCUGCCAGCCCAAGGCUCCUGAGCCCUGCCACCCAGUUGUUCCUGAGCCAUGCCCAUCAACCGUCACUCCAGAACCAUGUCAGCAGAAGACAAAACAGAAGUAAUGUCGUCCACAGCCAUGCCUUGAAGACCUGAUCACUGGAAGCCAAGGCCACUUUCCAUUCUGCUUAUGAGUACCUUUGCUCUGUGCUUCACAUGCUGUGACCAUAGGUCUUAAUCCCUCCCUCCUUCCACCACCUAAAAUGAUG